CUCACUAUCAAAAAAGCCCUAAAAAAUCUCUCCUCUUUUCCUCAUUUUUUCUUCACAAAAAAAUUAACACUUUCAGAUCAAGUUACAGAAUGGGUUUCGGAGCCCUAAGAUCCAUAAUCCGACCCGUUUCACGUGCACUCUUAUCGACCCGAACCGUAUCCGCCUUUGCUCCGGCGACCACCAUCUCACCGGCACCGGAGCUCCGUCAAAUAUUCAACACUCUCCGACCUAGGCUUCCAUGGAUUCCACCAUCAAGUGCUUUCCACAGCUUAACUGACACUCGAUUCCCGAAGCGAAGACACAGUGACAAGCCUAAACGUAAAAGAGCUAGCUUGAGACCUCCAGGUCCGUAUGCAUGGGUAAAAUAUACCCCCGGUGAACCUAUAAGUCCAAACAAUCCCAAUGAAGGAAGUGUCAAGCGGAGGAAUGAGAAGAAGAGAAUCGGGCAGCGAAAGGCUUUUAUAUUGGCUGAGAAGAAGAAGCGUAAAGCUCAGUUGCAGGAGGCACACCGGAAGAAAAUGAUUAAGCGAGUAGAGCGUAAGAUGGCUGCAGUUGCUAGAGAAAGAGCAUGGGCAGAAAGACUGGUAGAACUGAAGAAGCUUGAGGAAGAGAAGAAGGCAGCCAUGACUUGAUCAGAGUUUCAAUCUGCUAAGUUUCUCUCUUGUUUUUUGAGAGUGAAAAACUUCCAAUCCCUUCUCUAAAAUAGGCACAAUUUCCUUCAACACAUGUCAUGUUUUUCUUAAGGCUGAUGUUUAAAUCUUCUUGUCCUUUUGCUUUGUUAGUCUGCUUGAAAUAAAUUAGAUUUUGAAGUUGAAAGGUAAGACUGCACAAACUAUCCAGAAACCUAAAGGCAACCUUUUUUUGAAAUGGGCAUGAUGUUUUCUCA